AUGUUUCGAUGCGCAGUUUGUUCGCUCCAUUCCGGUGCAUUUGGGACUGCUGAAGAACUGGAAAUACACAUUGCUUCCGAUCACAUCAUCCACAUACCAUAUGAAUGUGAACGAUGUCGGUUUUCGAAAUUUCCAACCGAAUUUGCCCUAAUCAGUCACUGUACGACUGAUCAUGGAUUAAAAGAAUUCUAUGUUAAAUACAAGGUCACCCCGGACUUUCAACGGAAGCGCGAGAAAAUUCGAGAACUCUUGCAGCAUUCCAUUACAUUGUCGAAGAUUCCAGUCGGAAAUCAUAAACGACGG